AUUGUCAAAGCCAACAACCGGGACCUUUCCUUCAUCCUCCUGGUCUCUCUCAUCCUUUGCUUCUUGUCUUCUUUUCUCUUCAUUGGACGUCCAAGGAAAGCCACCUGUCUUCUCCGACAAACAAUGUUCAGCAUUGUCUUCUCAGUAGCCUUGUCUUCUAUGUUGGCCAAAACAAUCACAGUGGUGCUGGCCUUCCUGGCCACAAAACCAGGAAACAGAGUAAAGAGAUGGUUGGGGAAGAGCUUGGCCAACUCCAUCAUCCUUUCUUGUUCUGGUGUCCAAUUUCUCAUCUGUGUCAUGUGGCUGGGAAUAUCACCCCCAUUCCCUGACUCUGAUCUGCACUCCCAGCCUGGAGAGAUUAUCCUUCAAUGCAAUGAAGGCUCUGUCACCUUGUUUUAUGUUGUCCUUGGCUAUAUGGGCUUCCUGGCUGCCAUUUGCUUCACUGUGGCUUUCCUGGCCAGAAACCUGCCUGGGGCCUUCAACGAAGCCAAGCUCAUCACCUUCAGCAUGCUGGUCUUCUGCAGUGUCUGGAUCUCUUUCCUGCCCACCUAUCUGAGCACCAAAGGAAAGUCCAUGGUGGCCGUGCAGGUCUUCUCCAUCUUGGCCUCCAGUUCUGGACUGCUUGGCUGCAUCUUCUUCCCCAAGUGCUACAUUCUUAUUGUUAGACCAGAUCUAAACACUAAGGAACAUCUAACCAUAAAAGUAGGGCAGUGA